AUGGCGCGCACGCGCAUUCCAGUACGGCUCGCGCAGCAGGUCCCGUGCACACCGACACUCGGGUGGGCGGAGCGUGAGAAUUGGGAGUGCGCGCGCAGCAAGUAUUUGGUCCGUGGCGGGUUCCAGCCGCGCCUUCCGACUUCGCUGCCGCCCCCAGGGCAGCAGCAGCAGCCGUCGCGGCUACCACGCCGACAGCCCGUCCCGUUGAUGCCUCCCGCGCAGCUUCAUCCGGGAGCGCCCCAGGUGGUCGCUCCGGCGCCUGCGGUCCCUCUUCAGUCGCCACCGCCUUCGGAGCUGAUGGACGUCGACCCCUCAGCCGGGCUGCCUUCCCAAGCGGUGGCUGUGCAGCCUGUCCUGCAGCCGCUUUCCUUGGGCACCCCCAAGGAGUCUGACACCGCAGCGCCUUGUCCGGCGCCCACUCAGCAGCCGUCGACGCAGCGUCAGGAGACGCUGCCUCUCUUCGUGGGUCCCGACGCCCCGUCGCGUCCAGUACCAGAAGCUGCGCCCGUGGUCACAGAAUUACGUGAAUACGCUAAUCAGCCGUAA